AUGGCAAAUCCGUUUCAUCGCCCUUCGAUUCCAGACUAUUUCAUCUCUUCUCCCCUGGUUGCCCUCCUCUAUCCCCUGCACCAGGUACUCCUACGUCUCCGCGGAUCACCUCGGCUCCCACCCGCAGAUGCGCAUCCUAUACGCGUCGUCUGCAUCUCCGACACCCACGCCCUUGAAUGGCCAAAUGUCCCAGAUGGAGACCUUCUCAUCCAUGCCGGUGACCUGUGCAACGAUGGCUCCGUUCGCGAGAUCCAAGCCGCCGUCAACUGGCUGCGCAGCCUGCCGCACCCGCAUAAAGUCGUGAUCGGCGGCAACCAUGACAGCUACUUUGAUACGCGAUCACGCCUCAAAGAGGAUCGCGAUGAAGAAACAUCUAACGGAUACGCCACCGUUUCCGCGUCAACGGCCUCUAUCCGCUCGCUGGAUGAUAUCACUGGCGCGCCUUCGCGCAUCGACUGGGGUGACAUCCACUACCUCCAGCACUCGGCCGUAACUCUCGAGUUUACGCCCCCAUCAUCUUCCGAUACCGACUCCAUAUCUUCAUCUACAACGGCGCUUACCAGUUCCCGACCACGUCAAUUGACUAUUUAUGGCGCUCCUCAAAUUCCUGCCAUCGUUCCCCUUGGUCCGGAACACGCCUUCACAUACCCUCCUCAUCACGAUGCUUGGUCGCGCACCGUACCCCCAGACACCGAUAUCCUGGUCACCCAUACUCCGCCUCAAGCCCACCUCGAUAUGUCCCCAAUCUACUCAAUAGGCUGUCCCAAUCUUCUGGCAGAAAGUUGGCGUGUCCGCCCUUUGCUGCAUGUCUUUGGACACGUUCAUUACGCCGCGGGCAAAGAACCCAUUUUCUGGGAUGAGGCGCAACGCGCAUGGGAGCGGCUCUGUGCUUCGCGUCGCCCUCGCGCAAAAUAUAGUCGCAUUCUCGCAUUGAUGGGAUUCUUGCGUGAUCUGUUCGAUCCGGCGGGCUGGGUUGAUGUGGCAAGGGUGGUCUUCUACGGUAUGCUGGGUGUUGUUUGGGCACAGGUUUGGGGUGGGGAGAAUAAUGGGGGUGGUUGGUUUGUCAAUGCGGCUUGUAUGUAUCGGGAUUCGGGGCGGUUGAGGAAUCCGCCGCAGGUUAUUACCCUGUGA